AUGGCCGAUCAAUUGACAGAAGAACAAAUUUCAGAGUUCAAAGAAGUUUUCUCCCUCUUUGACAAAGAUGGCGAUGAGACUAUCACUGCCAAGGAGCUCGGUACAAUCAUGCGCAGUCUGGGCCAGAAUCCUACUGAAGCCGAACUUGGCGACAUGAUCAAGGAAGUGGACGCCGAUGGAAAUGGCGCGAUCGACUUUCCUGAAUUUCUGACCAUGAUGUCAAGGAAGAUGAAGAACACCGAUUCAGAAGCGGAGAUCCGUGAAGCAUUCAAAGUUUUUGAUAAGGACGGUAAUGGCUUCAUCAGCGUUGAAGAGGUCGAACGCGUGAUGUCAAACCUUGGUGAAAAACUGACUGACGAAGAAAUCCAAAAGAUGCAUAGGGAAGCCGAUGUGAACGGUGACGGAGAAAUUAGCUACGAAGAAUUUGUGAAGAUGAUGCAGGGCAAAUAA